CUCAUUUUUCAAUAUGUUUCUUGCGGCUCAGCUAGGCAAUCUCUGACAUGAUCUUGUGAUAGAUUUACAUUAUAAGUUUAACAUCCAUUAUGGACAUAGUGUAGCUGGCCUCGCUUCAUUGCAUUGGUAGGACUAUAUGAUGAUCUAUCCUGGCCACAGACGAUUAACAUUUAAAGACGUGAUAUUGUGGAUAUCAAAGACAAUGAUUUGACACUAUAUGGAACUUUAAAUAUAAAAGAAUUCGACUGUUCUCUCUGAUCCAAGUUUCUUAUCACCAGCCUUCACUGAUCAACAGCAUUCACCUCACCAAGCAACGCAGCUACACAAAUAUUUCAUUUAUAAUCUAUUCGAUUAAAUUAACACGACGUAAUGUCUGAGACCGAAGAGACCAACGUUGGUGCCAUCGUCAGCCUUCGGGGCCCCGAGGAGGGGGACAUCUACUGGGUUGCUACUCAAGAGGGUGUUGGACGCUCUCUUCCACCUGGGCGCGGUCGAUCUAACAUCGACUGGUCUUUCGGCCCGAUCAAGAUCACUGGGUACAUCGACACCGAUACUUUCGAAAUUGGUGUCACUGUUAGCGUCGCCGGUAUCACUGUUGGCAAUAUAUUUGGAAACCUCAAGGAUGGUGUCGGUCUCAAGGUUGACCUGUUCGUUGCUAAGGGUGAAAUCCGUCUUUACCUUAAAAACGGCAAUGAGGUCUGGGUUCACUACGAUGUGAAGAUCUCUUUCGACGGCAGUUACCAGGGCGACGCAAAAAUCUUUUCUUUCUGAGAAGAUUACGUCCAUAUUCUAGUUAACAUGUCGGACAGCCGCAACAAGGGCAAAAUGGCUAGCAUGUAAGU